AACUUUGGAGUUGUCGUUGUCGUUGUCGUUGUUCGUGCACACAGCGGUCAGAGACACGAGAAAGACGUUAAAAUACAUACAGUGGGAGACAACGACGUGACAGUGUAACUGGCUAUAUAAAAUUAUAUAUAUGUUUUUUAAAUAAGGAUAGAUGCUUAUGUGAUAUAACGUGCUCAAGUGAGAUAAACGCGUGUGUGUGUGUAUUGAGGCAAGCUGUAAAAAAGCUGAAAAAAAAGAGAAAGAUAAUCAACGCGAGAGAGAGAAAGAGAGAGGGGAAUUGAGAAAGACUCGCUUGGCACGGCAUGAAAAUGUUCAGGCAUGUCUCGAAGCCCGGCAUGCUCGUUGCUGGCGAGUCGUACGUUUAAUAUUACACUCACUAUAUUUUAAAUUAAAACAAUAUAUAUUAUUAUUACAUUAUUACCAUUGUUAUUAAAUAUAAAUUUCAAUUAAAUAAAUUAUAUAUUUAUUAUUAAAUUUUUAUUAACAAAUCAUUGUGAAAUAUAAAAAUCAAAUUUGAAUUUCGGAAAUUCUUUUUUACAUCAAUUUUUUAUAUAAAAAAAUAAAACACAAAAUUUAAUUUUCUUAAAGAAUUUUUUUAUUUGUCUUUUUAACAAAAAUUAUACAAAAAUAUAUACAGGGAUAAAAUUAUUUCGCUUUUUUAUUUAUCCGAGACAUGUCGAUUUGUAUUUUCGUGACUUGACAGUGAAUUACCGUGUUUAUUAUUAUUAUUAUUAUUAUUAUUUAAAAGUGUAUUUUGUGUUGGUGAUUUUUUUUUUAAAUUUUAAAAAAUUUUUUUUAUUAUUACUUGACUUGAAAGACACUUUGAAGAAGAUUCAAGCAUUGUGAGUAAGUGACAGUGCGUGUUUUGUUAUUUAUUUUUUAAAAUAAAUUUUUGAGUAUAGUAUACUUGACUCCAUAUAGUUGAGGUGUUUCAAAUUGAUAAUUCAAUAUACAGCCAGACAUGGGAAUAUAAAAAAAAUAUAUUUUUUAAAACAAAAGUUGAAUUGUUUUAUUUAAAGUAUAUCCAGCUGUGCAAGUCAAGCUUCGAUCGGAUUAUAAUCGAAAUAUUCAAAGUCAAUGACAAGCUGUCUUGUGUCAUAUGCAAAUAACACAAACGUGUUGGUGUUUUUACAAAAAAUAAAAAAAAACAUUAAACAUAUAUUCUCAAAACUGAGGUUAAAUAAUUCAAAAAUUCCACUAUUAAAUACAUCACUGGAAGCGUAAUUAAUUUAGAGAAAAAAAAAUUAAAUAUAUUUUUUAGAAAAAAAAAAAAAAAAAUUCUUGAAAAAGAUAUUCUUUAGGAAGGAAUGAAAACAGGUUUUUUUGGUGAUGUGAGUGCGUUUUAAAUUUACCGGGAAGUGGCUUGGUUUUUUUUUUGGUUUUCUCUAUUUUUUUUUUUUUUUUGUUUUGUUGAAUUGUUACUUGUUUCGUUGAAAUCAAGUGUAAAAGAGUAAUAUAAAUAAAAAAAAAGAAAAUUGAAUGAAAAUAAAUUGCAAAAAGGGAAUUUCAAGUGCAAGAGAAGAGAAUAAUCCAAGAAAGUGUGUCUUUAGAGAGGAAUAUUUUAUUCAUUGGUGAUCGUGUUUCGCAAAUAAUAUACUUGAAAACAUAUACAAAGUUAACAUAUACACAUAUUUGUGAAUACAUGUACCCUGGUUCCCGGCAAUGUUAACGGUGGAAUUUCGCUCAAGAGGAAUCUGAAGGCGGGGACUCUGACGUCACUCCGCUGCUCAUGAUAAUGAGAGCGCUGUAAAAUAUGCCAAAGAGACGAAAUGGGGAAAUACCACUUCCGGACGGGUGGGAUGUCGCCGAGGACUUUGACGGAAAGGAGUAUUUCAUUGAUCACAAUACUAAAAAAACCACAUGGAUUGAUCCACGAGACAGAUUCACGAAGCCUCAGACGUUCGCGGAUUGCAUUGGAAAUGAGCUGCCAUUGGGCUGGGAGGAGGCAUAUGACAAACACGUGGGCGCUUACUACAUCAAUCAUGUUAACCAAUCAACCCAGCUUGAGGAUCCCCGUCAAGAAUGGCGAGCCAUCCAGGAGGCAAUGCUCAGAGAAUACCUUGAGACCGCACAAGAUGUCCUCGAGGCAAAGAAAGAAAUUUAUGACGUGAAACAGCAGAGACUGUAUCUUGCCCAAGAUGAAUAUGAUCAUCUUAACAAUGCCCUUACAACACUGGGAGCCUCGAGAACAAGUUUAUGCUCGAGCUCGAGUUCACUCAGUACAAAGUACGACCCGGAUCUUCUCAAGUCUGAUGUUGCGAUGGCAAGAAGUCGAGUAUCAAGACUCAAGAUGGAAUUGGAGCAGAUACGUGCCGAGAUGAAUUGCACUCAACGUGGUGUCGAUACAUUAGCAAAUGUGGAAUUGAAAUUGAGUGCUCGUGAUGGUGGCUGUUAUAAUAUAACUGAAGCACAAGCAAUAAUGACAGAACUAAGAAAUAUACAAAAAUCAUUAAUGUCUGGUGAAAAAGAAAAAGCUGAAAUAAUGCAAUCAGUUGUACAAUUAAAAGAUGAUUUAACAAGAAUUCAAAAUUAUGAAGGUAGUCCAGAUGCAAGUACAUUAAGUUUACCAAAUGAAAAAUUAAGUACAGCAUCACAAACUGAUUUACUUGAAGAAAUUGUACCAAUUGGUACAAGAUUAGCUGAAAUGGCUAGAAUGAGAUUACAAUAUGAUGAAGCACGUAAAAGAAUACAAAUUGUACAACAAAGACUUGCUGAUAUUGAAGAAAAAGUUAUACCAGGUGAAUCAGAAAGUGAUAAAGAUAAAUUAUUAUUAUUUCAAGAAAAAGAACAAUUAUUAAAAGAAUUACGUAGUAUAACACCAUCAACAAGAACUGAACAAGAAAUGAAUAAAAUACAAACUGAAAUAAAUAGACUUGAACAAGAUUUAACAAAUGCAUUACAGCUAUCAAAUAAAACAAUAACAGUUAGAGUACGUUUACAUGAAGAAAAACGUGCAUUAACACAACAAUUAAGUGAUGCAUUUAGAUCAAUGACAAUGUUAGAAAGUCAAUUAAAAAGUUUAAGUGCAAGUACAUUAUCUGUUAGUAGUAGUUCAAGUUUAGGAAGUUUAAGUACAACAAGUAGUAAAGGAAGUUUAAGUUCUGGUUUAAGUUUUACUGAUAUUUAUGGUGGACCACAGUGUUUAGGUUUAGUACAACAAGAACGUACAGUUGAUAUGGUUGAUCUUCAUAGAAGAGUUGAAAAAUUACUUCGUCAUUCAGAUAAUCAUCUUGGUAUAUUGAGUACUCCAUCACCAGGUAGAUCACAACCAAGUUUAUCACCAAGAUCAAGUUUAUCAAGUGUUAGUCCACCUAUAUCACCACUUUAUGAAAAUGCACCAAUGGCACCACCUCCAGCUUAUGAACAUGUUGAACAACAAAGACGUCAGCAGCAACAACAGCAGCAGCAACAACAACAACAACAUCAAUCUCAACAGCUACAUCAACAUCAACAACAACCAUCUCCACUACAACAACAACAACAAAGAUUACUUGGUCCAGCAACAUCACACCAUUUAGAACGAAAUCAUCUUGAGGAUAGACUUGCUGAACUUCGUUUAAAUCAACAAACAAUACAAGAACAAAUAACAGCAAGUAAUGAACAUCUUAAACAUAGUCAACAACCACCAUUAGAAAUGCAAUCUGGUAAUAUGUCACAAGGUAGUGGUCUUGGCAGGCCAGCACUACCAUUGCCACAAGAACCACCACUAUCACCAAUAAGUGAAACACCACCAAUUAUUGGUAGUAGAUCAAGAGCAAGUAGUUCUGGAACAAAUACAAGAUCUGUAUCAGCAGCUGUUUCUGAUGAAAGUGUUGCUGGUGAUUCAGGUGUUUUUGAAGCUUCAAAUAGACGUAAAUUAUCUGGUUUAAAAAAUAUUGAUCCACUUGCUUUUGGUGAAAUUAAUUUAGAAACAGCACAAGUGCAAAUUAAAUUAAGAUAUUCAGUGACUGAUGGUCUUUUACAUACUGGCAUUGAAAGAGCAAGAAAUUUAGCUGCACUUUUUAUACCUGCAAAUACACGAGUAUAUAUCAAAGCAGCAUUAUUACCAAUGCAACCACCAAUAAAUCACAUGUGCUGUACAAAAGCUGUAACUGAUUUAGACAAACCAGUAUUUGGCGAGACAUUUCCAAUUGCUGUUCCACUUAAUAAACUCUAUACAAAAACAUUGCAGGUCAAUGUUUGGUGUUCAAAUGGAGAAUCUGAGGAGUGCUUGGGUUCAGCCCAAGUCUCACUUGCAGAUUUUAGUCCAGAGUCUCCAAGUAUUAAAUGGUAUAAUUUAUUAUCAUUCCACUUUAUGCAACCAUCAACAACUGAUAAUGCAAGUGGAAGUACAAGUUCUAUCUCUUCCAAACAAACAAGACAUGAUAAGCAAGAAUCAGAUAUAUCUGUUUAUCGUCAAUCACAAAACACCAAAGAGGAAAGUAGUGAUGAAAGUACAAUAAUUAGUUCUCAAACAUCAACAUUAACUAGAAAUCAAGGAUGUGAUGAAUUACAAACAGCUGUAUCAUUGAGACUUGAAGAACUUGCAAAUUGUCUUGGUAGUCCAGAGGAAGAAGAUGAAGAGCAUGAUAGUGAUAGUGGAAGUGAUGACAGUGAUGAAGAAGGUAUUCUUGUUGAAUUUAUGGUUGAAGAAAAUGUACUUGAAGAUGUACUUGAGCAUGAAGAGGAAGAAGAAGAAAUUGAAACAAAUGAAAAACCUAAUAAAACAGAAGAUAAAGAAACAAAUACUGAAUGUACAUUUAUACCUGAACAAGGAAAACAUAGAAAAUUAUCAGCAGCUGGUGUUAUGCCUGGUGGUGUUUAUGAUGAUAAAAAUUCAAUAGUCAUUAAAAGAAGUCAAACAUUUUCACCAAGUGCAGCUGUUAAUAGAAAUCAUUAUAUAUGUAGAUUAAAUCGUAGUGAUAGUGACAGUAGUAUGCCACUUUAUCGUCGUGGUGGUCCAUUUCAAAGAAAUUCAAUUGAAAGACGUUCAUUACGUUGGCGAAGACCAUCAUCAGCAUUAAGCUGUAAAACAGUAUCAAAAAAAUCAUCAACUCAUUUACCACAAACAGCUAGAACAUCACUUGAUUUAGAACUUGAUCUUCAAGCUCAACAUGCUAGAUUAAGUAAUCUUCAAGAAGAAUUAAAUAGAUUACGUAAUUUAAAAUUACGAUUAGAACAAGCACGUGAAAAUGGUGAUACAGAAAUUACAAAUUGGCUACUUGAAGAUAAUAAAUUUCAAUCACUUAUUGCACAAGCUGAAAGUGAAAAAAAUGGUAAAAGUGCUGAAGAUAAAAGAGUUGAAAAAAUGCUCAAAAAAACAUCAAAAGAAAUUUAUAAACUUCGUAAAACAAAAGCUGGAAAAGGAAAACCUGAUAUUAUUUCAUUCAAAGAAAAAAUGGCUUUCUUUACACGUGUUAAUAUGAAAGUACCAAUUUUACCAAUUGAUGAAAAUAAUUCAGAACAAUUGACAUGUCAUCAUAGACGUCAUUCAUCUGAACCAAGUACUUCUGGUCAUAAUUAUCAUCGUCAACACACUGUCAAAGAUAAUUCAAAUAAUACUGAAUUAAUUAAUUUACGUAAUGAAAAUAGUAUAAUUCAUAAAUUAAAUCGUACAAAUACAACUGGUAUAACAACAAUUAUAAAUAAUACAACAAGUAAUACAGAUGUUAGUAAAACAAUACGUGAAGUUGAAGAAACAAUUGAUGAUGAUACAAAUAAUGGUGAGCCUAAAAGAUACGAGUAUGUUGUCGAUCGAGUACUUGGUGUUGAAGUUUAGAAAUUUAUUAAAUUAAUAAUAAUAAUACUGAUAAUAAUAAUAAUGAUAAAAUACAUUUGUAAAUAUAUACCAUAAAUUAUUUAAUUCCAACAAACAAUGUCAUUCAUAAAAUUAUUUAAUUAUUUUUUAUUAUUAUUAUUAUUAUUACUAUUACUAUUUUUUAUUAUUAUUCUUUUUAUUAUUAAUAAUAUUAUUAUUGCUAUUAUUAUUAUUACUAUUAUUAACGAUUAUAUUAUUGAUACCAGUCUUUUUUUUUUUUAUUGCAUUCAGUUUUUCCGUUCUCGUAUCAUUUUUUUUUUUUUAAAUUAAAUUUUUCUGCUGUGAAAAUUAGUACUGCCUUGGGAUGCACUACCCACCGAGCAGCUGGUCUGCAAUUUUUUUAUAAAUAAUAUGAUGAAUUUACA